GAACAGAGGAGGUGGUGAAAAGUGAAGAACCCGUUGUUGAGAAUGAGCUUGUGAUUGAUUUGUAGCAGCUUUUUUUCAAUAGCAGGCUUGCUACACGUUAUUUUCUUCUGCAGCUUGAACAAAACGUUAUAUGCGAAUUCGAUUUCAAUUUGAAAGUGUAGAUUCAAUUCACUAGAAGUUCUGCUUUCCGGUGACCAUCCAGACAGUAGAAAUGGUUUUUUCUAGAAUUGAUGGGGACAGAAAAUAUCCAAGGACGCACUGUUGGCGGAGUACGACCAAGCGACCUCCUACUAAUAAGUAACAGUACUCAAGAAAUACUUUAUUGACAAGAACUUCAACUUUAUCGUGUGCCAGUGGUUGCUGCGUGUGUCCACCGCUUUCCAGCUUGAUGAAAAAGAAUCCUUUUCGCGCGGACGACCGCCCAGAUUGCCGGCGGCUUUGUUACGUGACUGUAGAACAGAAGCAUUGCUGAAGGAGUAGAUCGUUUACUCGACUCCACCACCAUCUACUUGUUACUUCGUCCUGUCUUGGCUGCAUUCUACUUUCUGCACGGCCAUAGAAGUCACGACGUUUUAUUGUUGACCCUGGACUGCUACAUCAAGCACGAAGAUGUUCCCCACCACCUUCACGAAUCCGGGGAUCCACGACGGCAGCUCCCCAGAAAAUCAUGCAGGCCAACUACCUGGAGCUGGACCUGGAGCACACGAUGACGAGCAACCACCCACUGCUGCUGUUCCACCACCAGCAUCACAGGAGCUCGUGGCUGGCCGGCUGGCCUCUCCACCUGCUGAUUCCGGAGCACAGCAGGCAUUGCCGCGCGGAGCCUCCUUGUCUUUGUCGCAGGAGGAGGAAGGAGGAAAUCAUGCCCCCGGCUCGACGAGUCAAGACCAUCACAAAAACCUGGUCAUCAAGGACGGGGACCCAGAAGUAGAAGAUGAUGCCUCUCUACUACCUCACUCGCACGAGGAAGAUUCCAAAGACCACUUGUUCGUCACCAAGCAGGUAGCCCAGGACAUCGUGCAGCUGCACCGCAACACGAACCUCAACCGGGAGCUGAUUACAAACGGCGACCCCCGUUACCGUCCUCGCACGAUAACGAGACCAGGACGAAGCCAAAACGAAGCCAAUCGGGCAGCUUUUACAAGGGCCCACCUCUGGCAACGCAAAACGCCGGCAAGUUUUCCCAUAGUGGUCGGCCGAGACGUUUACAGGGCCCCCAGCCUCUGGCGUUUCUGCUGCAAGUAAGCGGGGGCGCCAUUUGCGUUGUUCGCUCUGUGGGCUCGGGCGCAUCGCCUUAAGCAUAGGGAGAAGCCCGCCGGCGACGCAGCGUGCCGCCGGGCUCAAUUUUUGAGCCGCAUGGCACUACAGCAAACGCAAAAGGCCCUGGCUGUCGGCGUCGCAGCGCUUUGCGCUUCCCACAUGCCCAGGGGGCGCCGCUUUCGUCUUGCCUGCCUGUGGCUACUAUGCGAAGCCCCAGCGCCCCGCGCAGUGCCUGCUAUAUUCAAAUCGUUACGGCCGCACUUUGGCCCAGUAGAUAUUUGCACGCGUCCACCCCUUGCCGGCAUCGCCGGAAAACCGAAGCCAAAACGAGGCCAAAACGAAGCCAAAGGGCAAAAAAGCCGAGGCCAAAACGAAGCCAGAACGAGGCCAAAACGAGGCCAAAACGAGGCCAGGCAACCGCGUUUCGUGUCUGGAAGGGGAACGCGAUAAGUUUUGGAUUUUUGUCGUCGCCCGGCUCGCGCUGCCGUGCCGCCGUGGAAGCGACACCAAAACGAGGCCCAGACGAGGCCAAAACGAGGCCCCGCGGCCUAAUUCUGGGCCUCAUCUUUCCGGCAAAAAGUUGCAAGGCUUGGCCGCAUUUUUUUCGGACGGCUUUGGCUUCGUUUUGGCCUGGUUUUGGCUUCGUUUUGGCCUGCGCCCUUUCGGACCGUUCUGGGCCAUUAUCUGCAGCAGGGGCAUGGGCCCAACUUCCGCAGCAGGCGCGAGGACUUUCUUAUUUUGGACAGCGAGCGGCGUCUAGGUGGGGGCACCCGGUAGACGAGCUCUGGCGUGGUCAUUGACUAGCGCGGGUACUAUCUUUCUGGUCGCAAUCCGAUGCGGCUCAAAAUUUGGGCCGCGUGGCAUGCUGCCCGCGAAUCGAUAGCCCCGUGGCCCAUGCCCCAGUAUGGGCAUCAAUAUGAAGAAAAUAAUUUAGACUCCGCGGGGCGCGCUCGUCAUUCUGAGGCAGUUGCAGGGACCACGCGCCGGCGGCAUGGAGUAGAGCUACACAGCCCCCGGCCGCGACGUUGUCGGCGCCCGCGCGAAUGCCAAAAAGCGACAGGCCUGGCCUCGUUUUGGCUUCGUCCGGGUCUCGUUCUCGGGUCUCGGCGGUAAUGGGCGCGCCGUUUGUAAGCUGAUGCUGAAGCGGGACAGUUUGCUGACUCCGGAGGAACGAGUCCAGGUGGAGGCUGCAUUGAAGGAGCAAGCGAGCCAUCAAAACCUUGUUCCAGCAAAUCAUAGUGGAACAGUGCUGUCGUCGUCAUCAUCCGGAGGUACUAUACAGUUUAAGUUUUUGUUUUCGACUCUUGUUGAUGCGUUACGUUGAUGUACUAGACCUGCUUACUAGCAGCAUGUUGUUUCGUGGAAGAGGUCCGCACCAGUUCUUCUAGAAAUUAGUACACGUCGGUUGAGAUUGAGAAGCUGAAGAGGACACGGGAGAAGAUGUAUUAUCGAGAUCGAGCGAUAGGUUUAGGUGGGAGCUCCUUCGCUGAGUAUUUUAUUGCACUAGAGCAGAUAAAGGAUAGUAUGCAUUCUUUACGUCGCGUAAGUUCUUAUGUGUGUUGCAUAUGCAUUUUUUGAGGCAUGUUGAUGUUCUUUCACUUCUAACUCCAACGCUGCGUGGUACCACCAGGCACCCAUCGAACCCUGACGAACUUCACCCCGCCCCGUCACUCUUAUUACUAUCACCUCCGCCCAUUCCACCCUUGUAUAAAAGUACACGAGCGCCCUCACAACAUAGACAGCCUCACCCAUUUCCGGCCCUGCUUCUGCUCGUUCACCUACCUAUCUAUACUACCCUCCUCCGUUCGCUACCCUGUUUUGAUGUGUUGCGAUUUUCCGUGGCUUUGCGCAAGCAGCCGCUCUCACUCAUGUGCACUCUUACUCUAUUUCCAUCUCUUCGUCCUCUGCGUUCUGACAUUCACAAUCACAUUCCUCCCUUCACGACAAGCCGACUAUGAUCAGUGACUACACGGCUUCGCUUCGUGCAAGCUUGGGCGGGAUCGGCGCCUCCGCGGGUGCUGCUCGCAGUUUGAAAUUUGUGCACCAGGCAACAGCUGGAGCUGUUGAAACCGAAGGCACGAAAGACGAAGACAGUAGCUGCGCUUCUGGUUCCGCCCCCGACCGAGAUGCUGACUGCCCGCAGGAAGGAGAUCCUGGUGCCCCGGGUGCUAAAACAAUAGCGACCAUAGCUGCCGGAGCGCCGGCGCAUAACUCUACUACACGACGAGGUGGACAGCUGCACACCGCAGCACCUGAAAAUGACGUACUAUCACCAGCAGAAUUAGAAUCUUCCGACCGCCGACCACUCUUAACCAAGCAGUUAGUCGAGAAAAUCCUGCGCGAGCGCAAUGGGUUUGCGCACCACACCGAGUUCAACACGGAGCUGGUGCUGUCGAAUUUCAAGCUUCGCGGGUUCGCCCCGGGUGUGUUUUCACUACUAGGUGCCGAAGAUGAACGAGAUGAACAGCAAACUUCGUCCUUGUGGUGGUCUGGUUACUUUGGUGGAAAUGAAGCUACCAGUACUAGCGGCGUCGCCGAGAUUGGAGGUCGUGACAACGAAAGCAGCGGUAUUCAUCCGGCUUCGUCCCGUGCAGGUGCAGGUGGCUGGUCUUUAUGGACAAACGCAAAUAAGGACGAGCAGAAUCAAGAUCAGCACCGGUUCUACUAUGGUCUUUUCGCAGAAACAAAGCAAGAUGCCUCAUUUUAUUUCUUGUCCAGUCCGUUGCAGCUGGAGACGCUGUUUCUGGAUAAUUGCGGUUUGCGGACCUUGAAGACCUUUGACAGUGCCCUCGGUGGACGUAAAAAAGCUCGAAACGAACAGGAUGCAGCUGGAGGCGUAUGUAGUGGACGAGGUGGAGGAGCUGCUAGUGGCUCCAUGGCUAGAGAUGGGCGGGUGCUGGACAAGAAGACAACGAGCCGUGUAGUUCUAGAAACGGAGCAUGUCGAGAACAGGAGAGGCACCUCGACCGACGCACGAGAACCUCCACCACAAUCGCAAGAACAUGACGAUGACCGGAGGCUCUCUACAAAUGAGGUUCUUGCUCAAGCUACCAAUUCCUUUUCUGCUCCGCCGGUAGAUGAUUUCGAGCCGCAGAAGAAUUAUGUGCUUGGGCUGCUGGAAGAGGAGGGUACACCCAUCCAGGUACCCGAGGUGGACGAAGAUCAACUACGUGCUGGAGUGUUCGAAAAAAAUGUGGACAACGAGGAAGAAGCUCCUGCGGCCUCUCAGCAACCGAAGAUCCGGUCGCCAGGGGCCGGGAAGAUGCCAGGCGAAAUAGCUCUGCCGGUCGACGAAGACGGCAAAGAAAGCCAACAAAUUGACGUCGCAGAGGGAGAGGACCCGAGAGCUUCUACUUCCCGCCCAGACGGUAAUCCUACAGGCGGCACCAAAGCAAGUCCCACGCACAACCCAGUCGACGACCCCGAAUCCGACACAGCAUUACGAUUACCUGCAGCGACCACUGGUGGUGCAGUUCUCGACGCUGCAAAAUCUACACUGAGCUCCUUUUUCACAAGCAUGACCGCCGGCGUGUUGUCUGUGACGAAAGAAGGGCCUGGCCCUACCCCUAGUAGCUCUCACGCUUCACUUCGUCCAGAACCACCUGGGGCCCUGUUACCGUUGCGAAACUUGCAGCAGCUCUACCUGAUGAAGAACGAGCUGUCGGGUGUUUUUUCGAGCGGUGACUUGCCGCAGAAUUUAGUUGUCCUGGAUAUUUCGGACAACCGCAUCACGCAUUUGGACUUCAACUCCACGGCCACUCACGCGCACCAGCAGCAGCUUCCGAAACUGAAGCAACUCAAUGCGAGCAGGAACUUGCUAGGUCGGGGUCGUCGCGGUGGGCGAAGAGGAGUGCUGAGCGCUGAUGUUCACGUUGAUGAGGAACGACCAGAUGAGGCGUCUACCCCUGUUUUUGUUUCGGUAGGUGACGUCGACGAAAGAGACCGACCGGCGCCAGCGCAAUCGAACACGACAGCAUCAACUACUUCGCCCUGCUUUACCUUGUUCCCCAGCAUCGCCGCUUUGCGCCACCUCACCGCACUGACGAUUCUGGAUGUCAGUGACAAUGACUGGUUUGUUGGCUUGGAAGAUGAAGUGGAUCAACGCCAGCAUCGUAGUCCCGACGAGGACGAUGAAAGUAGAACUCCAGCACCAGGUGAAAGCACGUUUGAUGCAAGGACUAACCAAAACGACGAAACCCUGCAGGCAUUAGGGGAUUUCUUCAGCGAGGUCUACGUGAACGACGAGAAUGCCACGACCAUCGAAGAACUGGCACGGAGACUGGUGUUUCAAAAUCUGCGAUCUUUGAAGAUAGUUACAUCUGCGAGAACCACCAACGCGUCAUCGAACUUCAAAAGCGACCUCGAUUUGAUUUCCCCAGAGCGGCACCGGCACUACCGCGAAACCGUGGCCUUGCAGCUCGACUCCCUCAUCGUUCUAGACGAUACCAAUGUGCGUCGAAGUUGACACGGGACUAAUGAACUGCCCCCCCGCAAAGUUUUAUUAGCUGUGCCUGUCGGUGCUGAGCUAAGCCAGGACAUUGACGUUCUAUUGGAAGCAGAACUACGAAAAACAUCAAUCCAAGAAAACCAAAACUUCAACUUCUUCUACAGUAAAGGAUCGAAUAAAUAAGCUUCUGCAGCUGCAAGAAGAUCGACGACUUUACCACACGCACGACAAUCUUCACCUUCGACAAAAGAUGGGCAGGCUGAGUUCCGCACGUUUCUGGGUCAAGCGAGUUGGAGACAGAGCCACUCCAACCCCUGUGCGUCUUCUUGUACGAGGAGUUGCCUCUGCGUAUCACAUACGACGAGCAGACGUUUAUGCGUUCGUUGGACGAAGAGCUUCUCCCCCACAGUUCUUCUCUCGUUCCUGGUGUUUCCCACCUUUCUUGUAGUUUCCGCUUCAUCUCAUGUACUGGCUUGUCAUUGUCUGGCCGGUCUCGUCGCGCUUGUCGAAGUUGUUCCUUCUUUACUUACUUUACCCCCGUCGCAUUUGCUCACUUACCCGUGUCUUCAACAUGGCAAUGUCCUGAUGCUUGCGUUUCCAUGAUUUCGUGUUACUUUUCAGCAAAUACUCAGGUGACAAUCACAGCAAAAGAAACGACCAAUGAAAAAAAUUGAAAUUCACUUUACCCCACUCCUCAGGUCCAUUCCCACUCGAGCAGAGCCUUCCCGCCGGUUCGCCGGACAACCUGCCACCCACGUCCGCGCUGCGCAUGUUGGAAACCCCGAAACAGAUCACCACGCCGAAACAGGCCCUGCCCCGCAGCUCCAACCACUUGCUGUCUUCCCUGCAGAAUUCGAACCAAUCGAAGCGAUCCGACGCGCUUCCGACCCCUCAGGGCGGGCCGGGGUCGAUUUUGAGGAGUUGUUUGAAGAGCGCGAGAAAGCAGGAGAAUGCGCCAUUCUUGAACAACAAGACCCCACCGCCAGGCAGCAGCUGCCGAGGGGGGCAGCUACUGGAGCAGAGUAUCAAGAAUCGCGUCCAUUUCUCCAGCACCAAGAAGCGGUUUGGACUGCACAGCCACCGGAGCGCCAACAAGCGGGGGGGCCUGCUCAGCGGGAGCGCGCGGGGAGGCCUUGUUAGAGUUGCAGGUGGUCAACAUCCCGCUCAGAGCGAUAAUACCAAAAACUGCGGUGGGGGAACCACUCUUUUUGGAGGGCCGAGUUGUAGCAACUACGGGACCUCCGCCGGCGCUUCUCGUGGCCUGCAGCCGCAUGAUGGAAUUAUACGCGGUCAGCACCAUCCGUUCCUGGAAAAUCUGGGUGGAGCGUUUGGAAGGGAAAAUGAUGCUCACUCUAACCUCCCAGCUUCGUCGCCGAUGGAAGAAGUAUUCGGAGUACGGCUGAUGUUCGAUAAUUUGAACAAUGCGGGUGGGAGCAGCAGUAGCCCACAAGAACAACUUGAUGCCUUCUUGCCACGCAUCAGCGAGAAGAAAAACGAAGAUCAAGAAGAACGCCAGGGAGAGGAUGUUGGCCGCGAGUCAGCGAGCCAGGUGGAAGUCGAUGGAAAACAAGCACGAAGCGCCGUUUCCGUCCGGGUAUUUGAUGAGAACGACGGUUUCUGUGGAGUUCAUGAUGAAAAAGGAGCUGCAAGACCUGCGACAAAGAUGAACAAGGGGUCUUUAGAAGUAAUUGCACCCGGCGCGCCGGCGUCCUCCGCCUCCUCUUCGCCCCCGCCGCGCUCUUUCGAACCCGUAACCUUCGUGAUGCCCGGCGAGCAGGUCAUGUUCGAAAAGAGCAGAAGUGCGGAGAGUCGCAGCAGUGGAAGUAAAGACCAACAAGAAGGAGUAGGCAAACACCAAGAUGAAAAGGACCUCGCCCACCCGGGGGCUGCUGCUGCGACCACGUCUACUUCAAGUAGAAAUGUUGGUGAACACAAAAGCAAGAAGAAGAAGCCGAACACACCAAGAAAGCCGAAAUCGAAAGUGACCAUCGACGAGGAAGUUUCUUUCAUGGACAAAGUGCACUUUCCCGGUCUAGACGGCAGUUCGGAGGAGGAGCAGCGAGACGAUGCUGACUUGAUGUCAACCCAUCAAAAUGGAGGAAAUGGAAAUGCAGGUGCAAGAAGUAAUCUUCCGAAGCGACCAAAUAAGCGCUCAAAAAGAGAUCUGAUGAACCAAAGCUUCUUGUUCGACGAAGACGAUGAUUGUGAUGGUGGUCCAGCAGAUGAGCCGCCCGCAUCUCCGCCGCGGAUCCGUGCCGGAUGUAAUGGCAGAAGAAGUUCGAAGCGCUCUUCAUUCAGUGCUGGCGGUGACCAAGAAAAAGAGGAACACAACUACCCAAGUCGUGGACAGGGAGAUCAUGAUCUUCUUCACCCGCCUGAGACAACGGCCACGGGGGCCGUUCUUUUCAACCUCCGCUCCUCGCCCCUCCGCGGGUCGCCGCAGUCGAAAAUCUUUGCCCCGAGCCCCGAUCGCGGCGGCAACCGUGGGCGUUCCAGCAGCAAGCACAACAAGUCCUCACUCGGCCCGCCCGGGACGCCGCUGCGGUCGAGUUUGUUGUCGCAGGUGAGUUCCGUGCAGUGCGAGGUCCGGGAGUACGAGAUCAGCCGGCACGAGGAAGAAAUCAGCCAGUUGUGGCGGCUGCGGUCCGCGUCGGGCAACCAAUUAUCGGAGGACGUGGACCCCCCGUGCCCGAUUCCCUACACCGUACACGGCGAGGUCGUCGACGAGGUGUACGAGCGAAACUUGGAGGUGGAAACGCUGGAAGAAAUCGCGGCGGGAGGAGGUGGUACAACUUCUGCUCAAACAACGUCGCUCGGGGCCCACCAGGCUUCUGCCGGUGAUCCAAACGGCCGCACGGGCUCCUGCACUGCAGGAGGAUCCUCGUCUUCUAGCUUUUGGGCGGGGGCCCGCUUUGACCACCAAGCGGCCGGUGGAACAGGAACUACUUCUGGACAAGUACAGCGCAGCACUUCUAGAAGCGGGGGCUUUCUCCACCCGUUCUUGUCCUCUACAGGCGGGGAUCAUGAGCCAACAUGUUCAUCAAAUGCUAUGAUCAAUAAGCUGCGCAAUUCGGAUGACAGCUUUCUUCUCGACGAGGAGAAUGAUCCGCUGAACACGACCGGUCUGGACCUUUUCGUCAGGUUAAACACAACGGACGAUGAAAGGGAAAGCGAAGAGUUUCUAAUGCUGCAGCAGCAGCAGGAGCUCCCUCCAUCUGGAGGGGAUCAAGACAAAACUCACGAUGUGGAAUUGCAGUUCUUUUCGCAGCCGGAUCCGGAUGCGCCGCCGGAGGAAGCUGUGGUUGUGGAAGAUGUAGUUGCAGCUGCACGUGCAGACGUACCUCUAGCGGAAGUGGGAGUGGCAAACUCCUUGGACGUCGAUGAAGCUGCGAAUAAACACCAGAUAACCAGCACCUCAAAUGAUCUACAGACCGUGACCGCUGGUGGGGCAGCAUCUUCUUCUUCACCUCCGUUAUUUCAUAAUGCGAGCGCAGACGGCGCUGCAAAAGCAAUAGGCACAGGAGCAGGAGCCGGCGCGAGCUCCUCGAGCACGACGACCUUGCUGACCCCGGUACUGCAGAACAACAAUCGGAACCACAAGCAGAUGAACAAUAACGGCCAGCACAGUCACGCUCUCUCGUCCGUCAACUCCAACGUGUUUUUCACCGGCGGCAGCUGCAGUUCGGACGGUUCUCUACAAAAGACGGGCAAAACGAACAAAUCGCAGUACUUCUCCCAGAAUUCGCAGAGGUCCAACUACGAAAAUAACAAUAAAGACCCGCCCUUUUCGCAGUUCUCCCAACGCUCUGCCUUCUCCGCUUUUUCCCAGAACUCGCAGCGCUCAAAUGUGUUGUCGCCAUCCUCUGGGGGGAGCAACCGCCAGCGACGGAAAUCCGGGGUGUAUCAAAUGUAAAAAUGUCUGGGUCUGGAAACUUGUGAUGCUGGGUCGCGUCUCAUGAUGAGGCUGCAAAUGCUGGCUCAGCAUGGCAAGUUUCUGAGCUCCUAGGUGUUGCCUAUUCUGCAUGACAAAGUGCGCUUCUGCAUCACAGAAAAACGGAGCUCUUUGGUAACGUGCAUGACAGAUUUAAGAGUCAUGCCAGACAAGCAUGACAAACAUGAAUUCUUCCAGACCCAGACACUUUUACAGUUGAUAGGGUGUGGGAAAGACCGAACUUUCAACUGUUGAAAAACGACAGGUUUUGUAUAACCCGCUCAGGUGUUACAAUCUCAAACGUUACAAUAGAAUUUGGAAAUCUGUGAUGCAAGAAUGCAUGAUCUAGCCAAUUCUCAUAGGAUUGCGCAUGACAGGUUCCGGAGCAUCAAACCCCACUACAAUCUGGCGAAAUUUGUAUUGCAGAAAGUGGAACGCUCUGCGAGUCUGUCAUGCUCAUCAUGCAAGACAAAUCUCACAUUCUAUUGUAACGCUUGAGAUUGUAACGUUUGAGCAAGUCAUAUUUUGUGAUGAAGAAGAAAAUCUUGCUGAGAAGAAAAACGCAACUGCACCUUGUGGAAGCGACAAGGAGAAAGACGCAGCGGUAGUUGGGAGAAUGAAUGUAGGUGGAAAAAAUCAUGCCGCAACCCGAAAUGAGACUUCUACGCGGAGGCUGAAGCGGCCGUCAUUCAUCCCUGAGAUGACAGGAGCAGAACUCGAUACUUCAUCUUCUGGGCGGGUGGAUAAAAACUUUCCCACUUUGCAAUCGCCAAUUGCAGCACGAGCAGGGAUUGAUGAAAUGGAGCAGCAUUCAACUUUGUUUCUUGGGAAUGAAACAACUGAGGCUACAAUAAAGUCGCACCAAGCAGACGCACAUCAAACCGCAAAACGUGAAGAAGCAGAAGGUUCAACAAGAUUUGCUGGGGGGCCUCAUCAACUACAUGAAGUUAUACGCAGUCCAGUUGCGGCUUCAAAAGGAGAUGAACAUGUACAACGGGCGGACACAGAAAACAUUGACGAUGACGAGAUGUUUUUCUCUCCACAGAGCGGGGGAAAUAAUGUGGAAGAGGAAAGAAUCAAUUCCGAAAGAAAACACGAUAAAAACGACCAUGGUGAGGCACUACAACUAGCGGAAGGAAAGAUGAUGAUGAACGGCAAAGCGAAACGCAGUCGAGCCCGGUUAUCCAGUGGCAGCAUGUUCUUCGAUAAGGACAACAAUUUGGCAGGAGGAUUUCUCGAAGCCCCACCUGCUCAGCCGGCAUUCUCGAGAAGAAGUGUGGUGGUUGACGAUGAUCCACCAAUUAUGCGUACUUCCGAAGUAGACCAAGAAAUAGAUAUCCACAGGGGCAGAAGUGAGCAAGGACCACAAGCACAACCGCAACCGGAUGAACCGCCAGCACAACCAACCACUGCUGCUCCUCCUCCUGCGGCCUCAAGUUCAUCUUCAUCUUCGUCCUCUACAAGCCGUGCGGUGACGAUGCUCCGGUUCUCCACGGAGCUCAUCACCGGGGCAACGGGGCAGCUUUUGCAGGGCUUGAAAAAAGCCUCUUCGAAAAAGACCUCUUCCCUCAACUCCCGAGCUACAGGCGGAGGAGCUCCUGGUGGCGGUGCUGCAGACCUGCCAAUUGUGAUGAACGCUACCUCCAACGAGCAGGACCAAGCUGCACUAUCGAAUCGGAAGGACCAGAAAAAGUCCCGGUCGAGUAACUUCUCCUUGGAGCUGAGCCCGAUCCGCGGCCACUCCAGCGAGCUGGAGGCGGUAAACGCGUCGCUGAAUAACAGCUUUCAACUCAACAACAGCCUGUCGAGGGAAGAUUCCAUGGGCGGCGGGGCUGUAGCUGUACCGGUGGCGGCGGCAGGAAGUGUCGGUGCUGUGAAAAGUAUUCGUGAAGCUGCUGCAGCUGAAUUUUUUGAAAAGAAGCGACGUCAAGAUAGCAAUAUUAAGUACCGGGAAGAAGUAGAAGUAGAUCAAGAAGAGGGACCACUGCUUCCCGCAGCGAAAAAGCAAAAGCAAGAUAGCAGCAAUUUCGCGGCUCAUGAUAUCCCGGCGCGAGAAGGUUCCUCCAAAUAUGAAAAUGAGAUAAAAAAGAAAACUGCGAAGCGAAAGUUGACAUUUGACGACGUUUUGGAGGAUCGGGACGAACUUUCUGCCGGAGUACUAGACGAUGAUCAAGACUUUCAGUCUGUCUUCGACAGCAACUCGAAUGGAAGCAGGCACAUUUUUCAUGGAAACCAAUUGUCGACAUCGUUUCCACCCUGUGCCGCAGACAAAUCCGCUGAGCAGCCGCAAGGCGAGAUAGUACCCCACCACCGCGAGAGGACAGCGCCGGCACCAGGGGCAUCAUCAGCAUCGCCUGCUGCAAUGCCAGAAGGUCAGAUUCCCCCGAACAAGCAGAGGACGAGUGUCGUCGAUAAAGAGCAACAAGAACAAACAUUUUCCACGACCCACCACUACCAAAAGAAGCCCCGAACUUCUUCCGGGGACUCCUGGGUGCACGCCGUGGUGCAACCGCUUGCGCAAAUUGUGGUGCCUGGGGAACAGAAAGAUCACCACGGGAAGAUGACUACUUCUUAUACCAAAAAUGAAUUGGCAGCGCGGUCUUCUGGAGUUGCGCCAGUUGUCGUCCAAGACAAAGAAGAAAAACGACAAGACCAGCAGAGAGACGAAGACAGUCUUGCGCAAGCACUGGUCGUACCUGGGGGCCAGCAGAGAGAUGACCACCACGUCGGGACCGCUUCAAGUUCAACACCUGCCGCCAUUAGUGUCACAAAUCAAAACGCAGUACAAGAUAUCCAGGACGAAGGCAAACAAAGCCACAAUGUUGACAGCACGGGCUUUCUUGCCCCUACCGACGGAAUAGUGCGAUGCCUCUGCGGAGUGAGGCACAGCAGCAAACGCGCCUGCUAUCCCAGAAAGUGAGUUGCCUAUGUGUGUUAGUGUUUAUGUUCUUCAUCGUCUACUUCGUCCAGUAGACACUAACUAUGUUGAAGAGGGUGAUGGCGUUAGCGUUACUUGUUCUACUGAAAGUUUAUACCUACGUUAUGCUUAUGGCUACAACUGCCUCUGCUAGCUUGUUGCUAUCCAUGGUUUACUUUGAAUAUGAGGGUGACCUGUCGCUUCGGGGUACGCCGAGGGAAUUCUAACGCUCACGCGCGUUUCAUUCCCAUUUGUUUGCAUUUUAUCCUACAGCCACAGAUGUAUUCAGAAAGAUGUUCUUGCAAUUCAAUGCGUGAAAAAGACGACCAGCACACCACUAUCCCUAGUAUCGCUAAUUCCUUUCUAAAAUCGCGCUGUCCCUUGUUGUACUUGUACUGAAAAAGAAAAAACCGUAUAGAUACCUCUUGUCCUCCUCGUGGAAGAAAUUGUUGCUCUGAGUUUGUGUUUGAUGCCGCCUAUUAUACCUGUAUUACAAUUACUAUUUAUUACGUAAUAAAUAUCUGCACGACCAGCACCGCAUCAUUACUGUGCUGCUGAGACUAAAUCGGGGUAGAAACCGGAGUUACAAUUCCGCUUUCAAUACGUACAAUUUAUCUCUCUCCUGGCGCAACAAAAAUAACUCUUGGUCUUCAGAUGUCCCGAGAAAGCGGCCUCGGAGUCUUGCUUAAGCGAGU